CUCAGGCAGAGACACAUGAAGGGGGCGACCACCGCCGCGCUGACACCAGCUGGGGGCCGCCGGGCCCGAACGCCGCUCUCGCUCACCCCUCGGCGGCGCGGGGCGAGCGGCCGGGGCCGGCGGCGCCGCCCGCCUCUGCCUCCUCCCCCUCGGUGCCCUGCCUCCUCCCUCCGCCGGGCAGCCGGCUGCGCGGGGAGGCAGCGCGGCCGAAAGGUGUUGCUGGAAGGGAAGUUUGAAGAAGGUCGCCGGGUGCUUGUGCGCUCUAGCAUCAUGGCGGAGCAGAGCGAGUCACCGGUCCACGUCCAGCAGCCCCAGCCGGCGCCAACGCCAACGCCAGCCGCCCCGGGCGUCGGCUGGCCCAUCUGCAGGGACGCCUACGAGCUGCAAGAGGUUAUCGGUAGUGGUGCUACAGCAGUUGUCCAGGCAGCACUAUGCAAACCCAGGCAAGAACGUGUAGCAAUAAAGAGGAUCAACCUAGAAAAAUGCCAGACCAGUAUGGAUGAAUUACUUAAAGAAAUUCAAGCAAUGAGUCAAUGCAAUCACCCCAAUGUGGUGACCUAUUACACAUCUUUUGUGGUGAAGGACGAACUUUGGUUGGUUAUGAAGCUGUUAAGUGGGGGUUCAAUGCUUGAUAUAAUAAAGUAUAUUGUGAACCGAGGUGAGCACAAAAAUGGUGUCCUUGAAGAACCCAUAAUAGCAACAAUUCUUAAGGAAGUUUUGGAGGGCUUAGACUAUCUACACAGGAAUGGGCAAAUUCACAGAGAUUUGAAGGCUGGCAACAUUCUUCUGGGUGAAGAUGGCUCUGUACAAAUAGCAGAUUUUGGUGUUAGUGCAUUUUUAGCAACAGGAGGUGACGUUACUCGUAACAAAGUAAGGAAAACGUUUGUUGGUACUCCAUGUUGGAUGGCCCCUGAAGUAAUGGAGCAGGUGCGAGGUUAUGACUUCAAGGCUGAUAUGUGGAGUUUUGGGAUAACAGCCAUUGAGUUAGCAACAGGAGCAGCACCUUAUCACAAAUACCCUCCUAUGAAAGUGCUAAUGCUGACACUUCAAAAUGACCCUCCCACUUUAGAGACAGGUGUAGAGGACAAGGAGAUGAUGAAAAAGUAUGGCAAGUCCUUUAGAAAACUAAUUUCAUUAUGCCUUCAAAAAGAUCCUUCCAAAAGGCCCACAGCAGCAGAACUUUUAAAAUGCAAAUUUUUCCAGAAAGCCAAGAAUAGAGAAUACCUGAUUGAAAAGCUUCUCACUAGAACGCCUAAUAUAGCACAGAGGGCAAAAAAGGUCAGACGAGUACCGGGUUCCAGUGGUCACCUCCAUAAAACAGAAGAUGGAGACUGGGAAUGGAGUGAUGAUGAAAUGGAUGAGAAGAGCGAAGAAGGCAAAGCUGCUGUUUCUCAGGAAAAGUCACGAAGAGUAAAAGACGAGGAGAACACAGAGUCUCAGCCUGCUGUUAGUGACGAAUAUAGUGAAGUUCCAUGUGCAGUGAAUCUUGUCUUAAGAUUAAGGAACUCCAGGAAAGAACUUAAUGACAUACGGUUUGAGUUUACUCCAGGCAGAGACACAGCAGAUGGCGUUUCUCAGGAGCUGUUCUCAGCAGGCCUGGUUGAUGGCCAUGAUGUAGUUAUAGUUGCUGCUAACUUACAGAAGAUAGUAGAUGAUCCAAAGGCCUUGAAAACAUUGACUUUUAAAUUGGCUUCUGGCUGUGAUGGCACUGAGAUUCCUGAUGAAGUGAAACUGAUUGGGUUUGCUCAGUUAAGUGUCAGCUGAUGUCUGUCCCCUGACCACAAGCUGAAUUGUGAGAUUGCGAAGAGGCCAGCUUAGAUGCAGAGGAAAAUUAAUGCUCCACACACUGAGUUCUGCUUCAUUAUCUAGCAAUUCACAAAGUCAGAACAAGCAAAGCCCACAGCUGCACCGCUGCUGCUAACAUUCAGAAUGCUACUAAAUGUCUCUCAGCAGUUGAUUUGGAUUCCCCCUAAGUGAAAAGCCUGUGGAAAUGCACUCAGGUGGCUGUAUUUAUUGGUUACAAAAGGAAUUUUCUAUCAAGCUUACUUCUUUCAUAAACUUUGAGUGAUACUAUUUUCCCUAUACUUGUGGUUGAUAAUACUGCCUCUGUUCUGUUCUAUUUAAAAAUUAACAUAAAUAUGAAAGUUAAGAAUUACUAGCCAAACUUGAAUUCUAGUUUUAAAACUGUGAAUUUUAUUUUUCAUAUAUUUAUGCAUUACACAUCCUAGUAAUAAGAAACUGAUUUGACUUGAUUAUGUGCUAUUUGCAGUUAAUCUCCCAUUAUUUAAAAAAGUUUCAGGUAUACCUUUGAACUAUUUGGUAACUUCUAGGGGUUUUUUUGAAAUCAGUUAAUUAGGCAUUAGCAAACUUUUGUUGGUUGUGUGU